AUGAAGGGCUCUAUUGUCGCUGUUGGCCUCGUUGCCGUUGUUGCUGCUCAGAACCCCUUUGCCGUUUCCCAACUCUCUGUCCUGUCAGCAGAUCUUAAAGAUGCACUUUCUCCCCCUUCUAGCAUUCUUCCUGAACUCCUCAGCGGUGUCCCUUCGAAUGUGAUCUCCGCUUUUGAUAACCCAACUGCCCUUCCCAGCCUUGUCUCCUCCCUCGAAGCCACGCCACCGGCAUGGUUCACAGCCCUCCCAUCCGACGCACAACACUGGAUCAUCGGAGCCGAAGAGGUAUAUGCUUCCCUCGAGCCUCAAAUCGCUUCGCUCGAAGCUAUCGUCGGCGGUAUCACUGCUCCUGGUGGAACUGGAGCUACUGGCUCAUCUUCUCUGCCUAAGUCGACAAGCUACUCGAACUCUACCAUUACAAGCACGAAGAGUAGUACCAGUGCUACUACCAAGGCUACAAGCUUGACUGCCAGCCCAGCCGUGGUUGCUUCGAGUUCCAGCAAGGCGACGAGCUCCAGCUCCAGUGGUGGUGCAGCCAGCCCGACUGGAGCUGUGGCUGCUGGUGUUAUGGGCGCCGUCGGGCUUCUUGGUUUGGCUUUGGCCUUGUAA